AUGGCUGCGAAGGCAAGGCUGGGGGCAGCGGCGGCAUUGGGGGCCCCUCUGAGGGGCUGCCUGCUCCUCGCACUUCUGCUCCAGCUGACGGGAGCACGGGCCCUUUGCUACUUCCACGCACAAGCCCCCUGCCUCUACAAGGAGAAGCACUUUGGCCCCGGAGAGUCCUGGCAGGAUGCCAACUGCUCCAAGUGCUUCUGCCUGGACCCCCUCGGCGUGGGCUGCUGUGACAUGAUGCAGCCUCCGGUCGACUUCCCCGCCUGGUGUGAAGCGCGCUACGACUUCCGGGCCUGCAAGAUCUCGCUGGUGCAGAAAGCCGGGCUGAGGCUGCCCUGCGUGAACAACCUGGAGCCUGGGUGGGGGUCAGGCCAGGCCCCUGAGCAGCCCGGCAGCCGAGGGGGGGCCAAGGCCCGGCUGGGGAGGCAGAGCCUGGAAGCAAAGCGCUGA